AUGAUGCUCAGCAGAACCCUGCACAAGGCCGCGCCGCCCGCCACUCCCGCAGAGUGGGCGGCGAUGUCAAAGUGCGCCCUGCAGCUGCGCAAGAUAGGCGACAAGACAAGUGACCUGCGGCAGAAGAUCUUGAACCUCCUGAGAAUGCUAUUCUGCCCAGAAACAAGCUCCCCUCGGACACGGUGUGCUGAAAAAUAG